CCCGGCUCUGUCGGCGCUGGGGGAUUUCCAAACACUCCCCUUGGAGAUCUUCCAAAUGGUGCUGAAUUAUCUCUCAGUGAAGGACAUCAGCAUGCUGAGCAUGGUGUCCAAAACCAUCAGCGGCCGCCUCAUUAAUUACAUCUCCACCUCAUCAGGGAGCCGCCGGCUUCUGCUGCAGGACUUCCACCAGGAGCUCCCUGCCAGGAGAGAGGGAGCCUCCAUCCUGGAGCACUACAGAGCUCUAGGGCUGCUGCUCAAGAGGUGCACCCUGCUGCUGCCCACCAGGGACAGGCUCAAGUAUGUGCACAAAGUGCUCUCAGGGGUCUCCUGUUUCAAGCUGAAUGGUUGUGCCAGUCCCCUGCACUGCCUGGGGCUGCAGUGCUAUGGGGUUUUCUUACAGAUCCUGACCGCGGGCUGGGAUGAGCUCGAGUGCCACCGGGUGUUCAACUUCCUCUGGGAGUUCAGCAAUUUGGCCCGGAAGGUGCAGACAGUUGUCAGCAGCAAACCAGGCAGUGCCCGGAGGCUGGAGCUGCGGAUCCGCCUGUUCUGCCGGGGGGUGCUGCUGUCGCCCGGCAGCCGCCGCAGCGACUCCGCCUUCUGGCUCACCCGCAUCCUCAAGCCCUGGCCCAUGGUGAACCAGGCCCGCCUGCUCUACAUCAUCUUCGGGCCCGUGUCCUCCCGCGAUGGACACGUGGUCUGGCAGAAAAUGAUAGAAGGACCAACAGAUGAGACCAGUCUGAAGGGUUUAGCUGAUGCAAUUAAGCUGCUGUAUGGUACAGAAGCUAGAGAAUGGACAGCAGAUGAUGUUAUCAGUCUUGUGGAUGAGCUGUCAGUGGUUCCCCAGGAGUGGCUGAUGGAGAACAACGCUCGGCUGCUGCUCCUCAGUGGGAACAGCAUCUGCUUCACCUUCAUGGCCAGCAAAGCUGUGAAUGGCAGAGCUGUGGAGCUGGCCAGGCUCAUGGUCUUCAUGGUUCUGGUGUGUGAGAAGGACCUGUACUGCAUGGACUGGGCAGUGAAGAUGAUGCAGAAGGUCUGCAAGGUUUUCAGCACUCCCUGGGAGAGGAACAACUUCCUGCAGUGCCUGGAGAACUCCUUUGCCCGCAUGCUCAUGGACAUGCUGCAGGCAGUGCUGGCUGGGGAGAGGGAUGAGGAGGACAGCAGCUUCCUGAACCUGUUCCACCUGAUGAACGCACAGGCCAACUUCCACAAGGAAAUCCUCUACCUGGCCAUGGGCAGCACCAGCAGCACCUCCUGA